AUGCUCAGUCCUGCAGGUGGACUCUGGCUCGUCUCGCUCUUGCUGCUGCUGAACACGUGCAGCUCAGCUGUUCACAAUGACGCCACAGAGUCCAUCAGUUCUGACCCGGUUGAGGAGACCCAGGAGGACCCGGUCCAGGAAGACUUGAACCAGGCGAGGAACGGUGGGAGACGGUCACCUGACCCUGUGCAAACAGGUCCGGACCAGAGCCAGGUGGGCUGCAGGGAGCUCCGGUCCACAAAGUACAUCUCAGACGGUCAGUGCACCAGCAGCAACCCCAUCAAAGAACUGGUCUGUGCUGGUGAGUGUCUGCCAGUCCACCUGCUGCCAAACUGGAUUGGGGGCAGGGCGUAUAAAGGGAGAUACUGGAGCCGCAGUGAUGCCCAGGAGUGGCGCUGCGUUAUAGACCGCAGCAGGACACAGCGGAUCCGGCUGGAGUGCCAGGAUGGCACCUCCAGGACCUACAAGAUCACCGUGGUGACGUCCUGCAAGUGCAAGAGGUACUCCAGAGACCACAACCACUCGGCACACAAAGACACACCAGUCCACAAAAAGAGGAAGAAUCAGAGGAAGGCCACCACCCCAGAAGAUCAAGCACAGACACUGUCUGACAACCAAGACUAA